AAAUCGAAAAUCUCCACUUGCUCUACUUGCUCUACUUGCUCCACUUCACAAAUCCAAGUCUCAAAAAGAGUAAGACGCCCUUUUUUUACUCUCCUCUCUCUCCAAACGGCGGAGGGGCAAAGAGAAAGAAAGCAAAAGCCAAGAUGGGCUCGGUUUCACUGAAAAUAGGAGAUGGAACAGCAAGAUUCAAGAGAGCAACACUUUGCUCCUCAGCUGUCAACAUUCUCAUGCUUUUCUCUGUUCUUACAACCAAUCUCUUUGCUUUAUAUGCCUUCACGUAUUCACCGAAACAGCACAUAAGCAACCCACUUAACCAUCCUGAGAAGAACUUCUCUUUAAUAUCUGAACAAGUCUCCUUGAUAAUAAGAGAGAUCGAUUCUUCUCAAAGGAAGCUUGCCCAGAUGGAAAAAGAGCUCCUUGGUUAUGAAACUCUUGAUCUUUCAAGACCCAAUCUUGCGAGUGAGCUUAAGUUGUUUUUGCAACAUCAUCAGCUUCCUUUGGGGAAGGAUUCAAGAACUGGGAUCACUGAGAUGGUGGCCUCCGUGGGGCAUUCUUGUGAGAAAUCUGCUGAUUUGUUGUCCCAGUACAUGAGUUACAAGGUUUCCGGACCUUGUCCUGAUGACUGGAGUCUUGCUCAGAAGCUAAUUGUGAAGGGAUGUGAGCCUUUGCCCAGAAGGAGGUGCUUUGCCAAGACUGUUCCUAAGGUUGGUCUUAGUUCUUUACCUCUUUCUCUUUGGAAACCUGUAAGUGAAAAGAUUGUUACUUGGAGUGGUCUUGGUUGCAAGAACUUUAACUGUUUGAAUAGUAAAAAAUUGAGUAGAGAUUGUGUUGGUUGCUUUGAUUUGAUUAAUGGAUAUGAGACUCAAAAAUAUGUUAAGGCUAGAAGCAAGAAUGAUUUUCUUGUGGAUGAUGUGUUAGCUAUGGGGAAUGGUGGGAUUAGAAUUGGAUUUGAUAUUGGAGGUGGGUCUGGGACUUUUGCUGCUAGAAUGGCUGAGAGGAAUGUGACAGUGAUUACUAACACCUUGAACGUUGAUGCACCAUAUAGUGAAUUCAUUGCUGCAAGAAGCCUUUUCCCCUUGUUUUUGAGUUUGGACCAUAGGUUCCCUUUCUAUGAUAAUAUUUUUGAUUUGGUUCAUGCGACAAGUGGAUUAGAUGUUGGUGGUAAACCAGAAAAAUUGGAGUUCUUGAUGUUUGAUGUAGAUCGCAUUUUGAGGGCUGGUGGCUUGUUUUGGUUAGAUAAUUUUUAUUGUGCCAAUGAUGAAAAGAAGAGGGAUUUGACUCGUUUGAUAGAGAGGUUUGGAUACAAGAAGCUGAAAUGGGUUGUAGGAGAUAAGAUUGAUGCAGCUGGGUCAGGCAAACCCGAAGUUUAUCUAUCUGCUGUUUUACAGAAGCCAGUGAGAACAUGACGGUUAGAGAUAUCCUGGAAACUGAUGGAGGUGGAAUAAAUGCUGCAAUUGAUUCCUUUCCUAAGUAGCAGUGGUGGAGAAUGACCUCUGUUCUGUAAUCUAAAGCUUUUUUUCCCCCCUUGAAUCUCUUCUUUUGUAGUUUCAUCGAUGUUGGUAUUUCAAACAAUGAAUAUUAGGAAAUGAAAUUUUCAUAGUGUAUUCUUGAA